GUAGCCGCCUGGCGAGAAGCGAUUGCAGUUUUUGAGCUCACCAUGUGGAUAAAGCCUACAAAAUUUCUCAACAAAUAUUGUAAUUUUAAGAAAGAGUUGGAAUUCAGAUUAAUAGCGACCUGUUGCCCAUCUUGAUCAAGCAGCUAUCUAGGUGUUUUUGAUUAGAAAAACUGAAGAGGAUGCCUAAAGGAAAGAGGAGAUCAAAAGCAGGUGGAGCUGCAAGGUCCAGGCCGGACGCCUCAGCCACGAACCACAAUGGGGCUGCCUCAAGUGAUGACGAAUCCAUCCCCGAUACCGGAAGUGUUGCCAGUUGCGGCAUCAGUUGCGACUCUAGGUGCGGCAGCGAUGCCGGAACAGUGGGAGAUCCUGACGCUGAAGACACAAUCCAGCACGACGACUUUGAAGACAAGCUGAAAGAAGCCAUCGAUGGCACUUCGCAAAAGAGCGCGAAGGGACGGCUGGCCUGCUUGGAAGCCGUCCGCAAGGCACUCUCCGCCAGAUACCUCUACGACUUCCUCGCCGACAGGCCGACGACCGUCAGCGACAUGGUGGAGAGGGGUGUGCACAGGGGAAGAGGUGGUGAGGAAGUGGGGCUCUCCGCCACAGUGGGGGCGCUGCUGUGCGUGCAUUUUGGAGCCGGAGACGACUCGCAGGCACUGUUCGCGGCGCUCAGGCAGCCCUUGCUCUCUGCAUUGGCCGAUCCUGCCCAGUCUCCUCACACCAGAGCCAAGUGUGCCACCUCCCUGGGUUUGUGCUGCUUCAUUGCGGAAUCCGACAACUUCGUGGUGGUGCAGUCAGCGAUGGAAGCUCUUCAGUCGGUCCUGACAUCUUCCUCACGCAAAACGAUGGAAGGUCAGGCCGUGCUGCAGUCCGCCGCCCUGCUGGCCUGGGGCCUCCUGUUGACUGUCGCCUCAGUGGACAGGGUUCUUGCUGUGGCACCGAGCCAGCUGAAGAAGCUCCAAGAGGUCCUGCAGAGCUCCGACCUAGACUUGCGCAUUGCAGCUGGCGAGGUCAUCGCUAUCAUCUACGAGGUGGCCCGUGAAUACGACGAAGACUUCGAAGAUCCCUCAGAAGAGCUGCUGGAACAACUGCGGCAGCUUGCCACGGACAGUCAAAAGUUCCGUGCCAAGAAGGAUCGGAGGCAGCAGCGAUCGACCUUCAGGGAUGUCUACCGUGCCGUUAAGGAAAAUGGAUCGCCCGACAUCACGGUGAAGUUUGGCCGCGAGGUUUUGGAGCUUGACACCUGGUGCAGGAAACUGCAGUACGACGCUUUCUGUCAGGUCAUCGGUGCAGGCAUCAACUUUCAUCUUGCGGAGAAUGAACUGUUGAGAGACAUCUUUGAGCUGGGACCACCUCUGACGCAAGAGGAUGCCAUCAUCUCCAAGGUCACAAAGUUUGAGAGGCACAUGGUGAACGUGGCAAGCUGUCGGGCGAGGACCAAGACCAGAAACCGUCUACGCGACAAGCGGGCCGACAUCUUGGCUUAAACUUUGUCAUUUCCGCAUUGCUCACUUCCCUUAAAUUUUCUGUUAACGCCCGACCCCAAUUGCCUGAACUUGCUGUCGAAGGGAAAUGGUUGGCGUUUUUUUUUUUUUUUUUCUCCGCCUCCGUAUGUCGAAGACUUCGCGGACUCUUCUUCCACGGCACAUGUACGGCCACGUACGUUUCGGGGGAGAUUAUACUUUCCGAGGCAUUGGACCGAGAUGAAAUAACCGUGGGUUCAGAACGCGGGCGAGUUUUUUAGGAAACGACAAAUUAAGCUUUUUAACACUUUCCAGCGCAUACCGCCGCGGUAUCUAAAAUGCUGUAUUUCGGAAAGCAUAGUUUAAAUCGCGAACCGUUUGUAGCUCCGCCUUAACGUUGAGUUGCUGAGCAAUGCGGUCCACAUUCUGUCCACAUGAUAUUAUAUUUGUGCAUCUAAUAUUUAACCUCUCUCAAAAAUCUUUCCCACUGCCUUUAAUGUCAGCGAUGGCAUAGCCUUUAUCUUGUACACCGUUUCUGUGAGCUUGGUUGUGAUCAUGUUUUUUACCCUGAGCUGCAGGCUGAAUGUUCCUUUUUUUGUACUUUUUUUAAUUACUUUUUCUGUCUCACUGCACGUGGCUGCGGACAGACUUCCGAUCUGCUACGAAAGAAUCGAUCUUCGUGCCGAGUUUGGGAUGAACUGUGGUGGAGCUGGCCAUCGCUUAAGUACGAUCCAGAAUCGAAAUCAUGGCAUAAAAAAAAGGAAGAAAAAAACAGGAAGGAGCGAUUGUUACACAUCAUGUGUAACGUUUUGGUGAAUCUACCCAAGCAGCACAACAUCUUGGCCCAAUAUUGGACCAAUAUUGGCUAACGCCGGCCAUAUAUUGUGCCAGUAUUGUCAAUGUUGGUCCAAUAUUGACCGAGAUAUUGUGCUGCUUGGGCACAAGAUCUGUUUUUCUAGUAUUGACAAUACCGGCACAAUACUGGACCAAUAUUGGCUAUGUCAGCCCAAUAUUGUGCCGGUAUUGCCAAUAUUGGCAGAUAUUGCGCUGCUCGGGCACAAGAUCUGUUUUUCUAGUAGCUCUCGAAUUAUCACCUUCUAAGGUAUGCCAUCCAUCACAAUGCUGGAAAAAAUGUGUGCGAAAUGGUGGCCAGCAUUCCCCCAUGGCUUGUUCCAGGCAUUUUCAAAUGUUGGCAACCCUUAACUGGACUUCCAGCCACGCACUGUUGCAGCCUUUUUCUUUUUAAAGUUCGCACAAGCCCUCCAGUAACAUCUAUCCAUGGUGCUCUUAUCUCUCUAUCUUCGAGACUUUGCUUUCUUUCUUUUCUUGCGCUCACUUUUAGUGGCCUUGCCAGAAAUAUAUGCCAGUCUGCAAAAGUCCGACGUCGGCACUUGAGAGCAUCUAUAGCGCUUAACGCGGUUUGUACUAUAUAUAUACAUGUAUGAUAUAGUUGCCAUUUAUAGCAUCUGUAGUGUACAGGUCUGUAUCUGUGUACAAAGUUUUUCGUUGAUUCUGAUGCGUAGCAUCCAUCCCGUGAGCUUGGCCAGAAUUUUUUAAUGGUUCGAGUACUGCACGAGGACUUUGAAGGUUUUUUGUACAGAUAAUAAAUACUACACCGUUGAGUGAGAGUGGAUCUGUACAGUACGGCGUUGCAACUUCCGAUGGGGAUGCUUGCAGGUAGAGAUAUGGUGUGUUUUUAGAGCUGCAACAGAGAGGUAUAUUUUGCCACAGUUUUACUUGAUUUCUUUAAUGUGUGUUCAGUACAAGUAGGGAAUUAAAAAUUCGAUAGACAUCCA